AAUACAUAUUUUACGCUGGUACGGUAACUGACUUCAGGGUAAUACAGUAAAGUGAAACUGUCCUGGCCAGGUACUGUAGGCUAUAUAAAGUAAUCGCCUCAAGUGAUUAUCACUGAAGUGAAAGAAGAUAGUCAUACAGAAACACUACUAGACAAGCACACAAUCAGCUAUGUCGCCAAACAACAAGUGGAUAGGGAGGGGCCUGCAUGCCAGCCUGUUGUACCUGCUUUUAUUUGUGUGCCUGGUGCGCACCGCUACUCUGGACGAAGAAGAUAUUGAGAUUGAUGAUGAGGAGGAAGACCUGGAGUAUGAGUACAGUAUGAAACAAGACGGACACACCUGUGGAAGUGGCCAAACUGGUCAGUAUCCAUUCUGUAAGGACAAGGACCAGGUCAUUCACCACUACGUCCACACAAGGGAUGAGUGUGGAGAGACAGACUUCAAGAAAGUGCGGGGGGAAAUGCAGCUGAUGAUCCAGGACCGUCGAAAGAAGAUGAAGGAGAUCGUACACUCUGCAAAACUCAUCGAGAAAAAUGUGGAGAGGGAGAAAGAGGACACUUUGCUGUUCCUGACUGAAGUGGCACGGCUCGUUCAGAAGACCUACGUAGAUGUUAUUGAGGAGAUCAAAAAGAAGCAGAAAGCAGCAACAACCGGGGCUAUAGAACACAUUCUAGAGCUAACACAGGAAAUCUCUAAACUACAGGAGAGAAGCUCUGAACUGGAGCAGCUCUCACACACUGAGGACCACCUUCACCUUCUCCAGAUGUUCCCGUCCCUGUGUACCCCACCGGCCAUCAUUGACUGGUCUGAGGUCAGCGUUCACAGUGAUCCCAGUGUGGGGUCUAUGAGGAGAGCUGUGAACAAGCUGAGAGAAGCACUCAAUAGUGAAGAGAGCAGGCUGUCUGCAGCUGAGUUGGGAAGGAUUAAAAAGUGUGCAGUGAAUGUGACUCUGGACCCUGAUACAGCACAUCCGUACCUCAUUCUCUCUGAAGACAGGAAACAAGUGAGAAUUGGAGAUCUCUGGCAAAAUGUCACAGAUAGUCCUGAAAGGUUUAAUUUAGGUGUUAAUGUCCUAGCAAAGGAGGGCUUCUCCUCAGGGAGAUUCUACUAUGAGGUGCAGGUGAAAGGUAAGACUAGGUUGGAUUUAGGAGUGGCCGUAGAGUCCAUCAACAGGAAGAGUGGGGUCACCCUGAGCCCUGGCCAUGGAUACCUGGCUAUAUGUCUGAGGGAUGGGGAUAGGUAUGUAGCUGCUGAAAGCCCUGCUAUCCUCAUUGCUCUUAGUCAGAAGCCCCAGAAGAUAGGGGUUUAUGUUGAUUAUGAACAAGGCCAGGUCUCCUUCUAUGAUGUGGAUAACAGGUCUCAUAUCUACUCAUUCACUGGUUACACUUUCAAUAAGAAACUCUAUCCAUUCUUUAGCACUGGCACUGACGAUGACGGUGAAAACUCAGCCCCAUUAGUCAUUACCCCAGUCAAUCAACAUCUGAGUAUUCAUUUCUUAACUUUUGAAAAAGCCUGAAAAUUGAUAAAAUGCAACUUACAAUGUGUAUAUACACUGAGUAUACAAAAUAUUAGCAACACCUUCCUAAUAUUGAGUUGCACCCCCCACUUUUGCCCUCAGAACAACCUAAAUUCAUCAG